UUAUUGCCCUUUAUAUACUUUUGCAAUGUUUCCUGCAGAGAGAAUUUUGAGCAUGGCUUCUCCGACUCCAAACCCGUCACCUUUAAACAAAUAGAAUCAUACAUACAUAAUAAUGUGUGAGGAGGAAGGUAUUUUAAACUGCUUCCUCUAACGUUUCUAAGUUCCUUUUAUUUGUCAUCUGCCUCUGAAGUUUGUGUAAAUCCAGUAGGGAAUCCCUCUUUUUUUUCUUUGUUUGAUAGUUAUUAGUACUACCGAGGGUGUUUCUGUUUCGUGAAAAGAAACCGAAACUUACAUCAUUUUUGAAAAAAACUCGUUAAAAAUGUCAGGGAUUUAAACAGGCCUUGGAGAUCUGUAUUAUUAACAUUGUUUGGGAAGAAGCCGACGUCUGUUUCGGUCACUCAAUUGGAUUGUAUACCUUCUCUUUACACAUGUGCCUAAUUUGAUAUGCCCUAAAACCAGAAGAAUCAAGCAUUGUUUAUAGGAUUUCCAGUCUAUAAAGUGAGAAAAAAAUAUUUGCAUACAGUUCAGCCCCAUUCCAAAAACAGUGGCACGCUAGAAACAUUGGCAGGUGCCAAUUUAAAGAGUGAAGUAACCUGGUCACAUUGAAGAACGCAAAAAGAAAUGAUAAAAUUUGAAUUCGGGACAGUUGUACAGUACCUAAUUCUGAAGUAAUGAGCUUUUCUGAAAAGCUGCUGUUGCUGUAGAAGUUAGCUAUGACAGGGUUAAUUCCAGCUGCUACAAUCCACCAGAUAGUUGAAGAGCUCUCUGAAGAAGAAAAAGAAAUGAUUGUCUUUAUGUGUAUUGAUGAGUUUCCAAAUGCACCUUUUCAGAGUGUGAAGGAACUGCUUUUCUCAAUAAACCGAAAACAGCAGUGGUGCUAUUGGCUGCACGAGCUGAUGUUUAGGUUACAACGAUUUGACUUGUUACGAAGGGUACUUAAAUCUGAUAAGCAGUUUGUGGAGACUUGGCAGCAGCGAAAUAAUGGAUUAGUGUCUGAUUACAGGGUUCUAAUGUUAGAAAUCAGUGAAGGCCUUUGUAAAGAAGAUGUAAAAUCCUUCAAUUUUGUACUGAAUGAUUAUGUGGGAGGAAGACUGAAGGAAAACUCUAAGAGUUUUUUAGGUACCGUACUGGAGCUGGAAAAACUGAACAAGGUAUCUCCUGAACAAUUAGAUAUAGUAGAGAAAUGCCUACAGAAACUUCGAAGAAUGGAUUUAUAUAAGAGAAUUUUGAAAUACAGACAGCGAAGUCAUUGUAAACAAAGAAGAGUAUCACCAGUAAUAAAUGUUGCACCUUUGAUUUGCCAGACAAGUAUGCCUGUUCAUGUUGGACCAGUGAACCAAGGUCAGGCAGCUGCAGCCUGUGGAAGCCGGGAGCCAAGUGGUGCACAUACUUUUGGUGAGUCAGUUCCACUUGCAGUUCAGGAAUCUGGAAGAACACAGCUUCAGAACUCCGAAGAGCAGUAUCCAAUGGAAAGUCGACCUGUGGGAUUGUGUUUAAUAAUGGAUUGUAUUGGUAAUGAUGGAGAAAUGGUAAAGGAAUUAUUUGAAAUUCUUCAUUUUAAAGUGCUCCUUCAUCUAUAUUUAAGUUUGGAAGACAUGGAAAGGACAUUGCGAGAAACUGCCCUAAGUGUGGAGCAUAAAGGGUAUAACUGUUUUGCUUGCUUCAUUAUCAGCCGAGGAACACCAUUUUCAGUCCUAGCAACAGAUGCUGCAGUAGCAGGGAUUACAUUUGAGAAAAUAAAAAAGCUUUUCAUAGGAGAAGCAUGCCUUGGUCUUCUUGGUAAACCAAAACUGUUUUUUAUUCAGAAUUAUGUUGCAUCAGAGAGCGCAGAUGCAUGUCUGGAAACAGAUGGAUUAAAAAAUGAAUAUGUUCCCUUGGAGAAUGCGGCAGGAAACACUGUUGCAAGUGAAGCUGACAUCUUGUGGUGCUACUGUAAGGCAAAUGUCUGUAUUCUGGAUCAGAAACCAUGGCAGAAGUCAUUAUACCUUUGUCAUCUUAUCGAAACUCUCCAGAAGUGUCAAACCAGGAAUAUGUACUUAAUGGAAAUCCUGACAGAAGUAAACAGAAAGGUUUAUGGCUUAAAAAGUCUGGACCAACAAAACUGCCUCUCUCUGCAGCUGCAACACACUUUAAGGAAAACGCUAAUGUUCCCCAAAAGAUGAAGAAAAAAAAUGAAUGGGUUUAAUGCCAUGCCUUGCCAAACAUAACAAAAUAUAACAUACUGUCGUGUUUAUUUAUUGAACUUUUUUUUCACUUUGAGUUGUUCUCACAAGCUUUCUAUAUGCAAUCAUACUUGUUUACUUUGUUUACAUGUGGAGAUUUUAAAGUAUAUUACAGCCUUAUACCACAUUUUCUUAACUACACCCCCACUUUAAUUUUGCAGCUCUGACUGCACAACUUUUGAGGAAAGUUGAAGAACUGAAUGUUUUUUCUUCUCUGAGUUUGCAAAACGUCAGAAGGUAAAGGUAGCAAGGGUGUAGAGAAUGAAGAAAGUAAUACAUCUUGGUGAAAGCAUUUAGAAUAACAGUUGUAUUGAACAUGUAGUUGAGCUCUUUGUUCUAAAGCAUAUGUCAGACUGAGUAAUACAUUUGUGUACAAUGGAAGACAGAGCAAUAUUACCUCUUAGGCUGUGUCUAAUAUUCAUUCUGACUGUUGUGCUAGAAGUUUAUUACUUUAUGAAAAUUCUAAAUUAUAGUGGUAUAGUAUGUUAAAUAGUAGCUGUAUAUUAAUGUGAACUUGUCUACAUACAUGACAAUUUUGUCUGUCUGCUUAAAUUAUUUUUGUAUUAUUUCAGAAGUAGGACUGUGAAGACUACAAACAUUUUUCAUAAAUUUAACUUAUACCACUUAAUGUUAGCUGCUGUUGUAGAAAUUUCUGACAGCAUGUCUUAAGUUUGAAAAUACACAAAUUCAGCAGUCCCAAUAUUUCAUACUUGUCCGUUCUCUAAUGUUUGUGUGACUCUAGUGUUUGUUAUAUUUAAGUAAGGGGGCUUUCCUCCUAACAUGAGGUGCAGCCAACUUUCCUGUAAAAAUAUAUAUUUUCAAAAUGCUUCAAA